GGGGAAACAGAGUAGCUCUAUCCUGCAGUCAUAUGCUACUUUUUUCAGAGCUAAGAAAUUCAGAUAAAUAUACUGUACUUGCAGCUUCAUAAUAAUUGCAGACAAGAAGGAAAGAUAGCAAGUGUAAUUCUGUUGAGAAAAAUCCAAAAUCCAUUCUCCCUAGUCUUGUCAAAGGAGUUAUGCUCCGUUUGCAUCAGGUCACCUUAAUCAUCCCAAAAUUUCUUGCAUAUACUAGACAAAAUUUUUGUCUCUUGAGAGAUAGGAAAUAAAAUAUUUAAUACAGUAAAUUGAUGUUGAUGAAGCAAUUAGACAAAGGCAUUGAGCUUAGGCAUACUUUGCUUGUAAUAACUGUUAACACUUAUUGCAUAGGAUUGUGUUACGUACUGUCAACUUUGCAUCCUACUUGGGGUCUCCAGGGAUCUGAGAAAUUUUUAAAAAUACUGUAGUGUUAUGGUUGCUGCCAUUCCCCCAUUGAAUCCCCCCAUGGCAAAGCAAUUUGAACCCAGCUCUAAAUGGCUCUUAAGGGUUGUGCAGUAAGAGGCAAAACCCGGAAUAUUUCUGAAAGCAGAAGUAGCAUUCAAUCACUGCCUUCUUGAUGAUGCUGAAGUGACAUCCCAUAUCCCGUCACCUCCCUGCUACAUUCUGUAGCGUCCCAGAAGACUUCGUUUGAAUGUGCUAAAAGCUGGGCUGCCAAACGGUUGCUGAAGCCUUACUGAAGUAUUAUGUCACGCCCGGCCCCCUUCUGCUGCGCCCUCGCACGUCCUUCGUUCGCUCUCAAUCUUUGGGUCUCUUACUUAUAACCCCCCACCCCGUCUAAAGGGUAUCAGGGAGAUGACAAGAGACCCGUAGAAAGCGAGGGAAAGAGGCGGGUCACGACGAAGACGGGCCAGGCUGGGGGAAGACGCGUUCGACGGGGAGUGUUCGGGCCGCCGCCCCGCCGCUCUCUUUCUCCCGUCACAGGACGGUUAUUCCCCACAACCCGACCAAAGUGGGGGGGGGGCGUUGUUUUCCGGUAGGAAGAUGAGGCGGCUUUUUCGCCCACCCCCUGCUUCCUUUUGGGCGCUACUUGUGCUCUUGAAUGAACCCCUGACCGAAGCCCUGCUCGCUGAGAAGUUUUAUGAUGGUGAGUCCGGCUUUCCCUGCCUUCUGCCACAUCCAGAGCGGUAUAUCUUGGCGCAGGGCGUCGAAGCAGUUCGGUCACGAAAGACUCGCUCCCUCUGUCGUCGAGCGACAACUUGCCGGGAAGGCCUGGAGGUGGAGUGCGGCUGCGCAGAGAGUAUCCCGAGGAAGUGGGAUAUUAUUACCCCGGCGACGAGUCCCAGCGGCCUGCUCUCUGAGUGUGGAACAAGGCCCCUUAUGGGCCUUGGAACAAAGCCUCGGAUUGUAGGCGGACAUGAUGCACAGCCUGGGGCCUGGCCAUGGCAAGUUAGUCUUCAAGUUUAUCGAUUUGGUGUAGGAUAUCACCAUGUGUGUGGUGGAUCUUUAAUUAAUAAUAACACAGUGGUGACAGCAGCACACUGCAUUAGACAAUGGACGCAUCCAGACUUCUGGAGAGUUGUGAUUGGUUUGCAUCACCUUUUAAAAUACCAAACUCAUACUAUAAAAUGCCUGGUCCAAGCUAUCAUGAUUCAUUCUGAUUUUAAGAAGGAGACAUAUGAAAAUGAUAUUGCUAUGAUAAAGCUACAAAAAUCUGUCAUAUUCAAUGACUAUAUACAGCCCAUCUGCAUACCUGACAGUUCUGUUUUUAUAACCAAGGAAACUUCAUGUUACAUAGCUGGAUGGGGAAGCCUAAAGGAGAAAGGCCGAAGCACAUAUAUAUUACAGGAGGCUGAAGUUGAUCUUAUUCCACUAUAUAUCUGUAAUAGAUAUGAUUGGUAUGCUGGGGAAGUAUCAUGGAACAUGAUGUGUGCUGGCUCCGCAGGUGGACACGUUGAUAGUUGCCAGGGAGACAGUGGAGGACCUCUGAUGUGUUAUUUUCCAAAUAAAAUGAAAUAUUAUCUAUUAGGAAUCACCAGCUAUGGUGUUGGCUGUGGCCGACCAAAAUUUCCAGGAGUCUAUGUACGUAUAAUGAAUUACAGGCGUUGGGUAAAUUCGCGUGCUGUUGUGUUUAGCAGAACAACCAACGUUAGCAUUCAAUGUCUCUUUCUCUUUUUCACUGUGGGAGCCAUAACUAUCCAGUUUCCACAAUGAAGAGGAAAUCUUUUCUUUCAUUAUACUGGAAUGAUCUUGGAAUUUCUUUUUGUAUGUACUGAUUUUGUUUUACAAUAAAACUUAUGUAAAGGGUUUUUUAUUUUAAUAAUAAUGAAUGCUGUAUAAUCUAA